GUAUGGAGGCCGGCGGACUUGCGGUGCUCCGCGUGAAACGGAAGCGCAGCGCAGAACCCGCGGAGGCUCUUGUGCUGGCGUGUAAACGCCUACGGAGCGCCGAGGUUGAGUCGGCUGCCCAGAAGGCGUCGGAGGAUCUGAAGACAGCGGCGGAGAAUAAUGUCUUCCAGCUGGUGGCUACCGUGCGCUCUCAGGAGGAGCCAGUUCAGCAGCUCGUGCGGGCUGCUGUGCGCCCGUCCAGGGACAGCCAACAGCGCAUUCGCCGCGACCUCCACGCCUCAGCUCGCGAGGUCCGGAAAGAAGGCCGCUACCGGGUGCUCUACCGCCGAUCUUCAGGGACCUCUAGCAGCUUGGAGUCUGAGUGUGCACAGGACCCAGAAACUGCCAGGGACGCAAGCUUCCAGCUGUUGGACCUGGUCCACGAGGAAGGAGACCCAGAGGCCGCUGCCUCAGACACCAGGAAACCAUCUGACCCAGAUGUGAUCCUCUGCAAUUCUGUAGAGUUGAUCCGUGAACGAUUGACAGUAUCUGAGGAUGGACCAGGAGUCGGGCAGUGGGAGGAACAGAAGCAUGAUGACUAUGUGUAUGACAUUUAUUACUUAGAGAUGGCCACUCCAGGGUGGAUUGAGAACAUCCUCUCUGUGCAGCCCUACAGCCAGGAGUGGGAGCUGGUAAAUGAUGAUCAGCAACCAGAAGACAUUUAUGAAGAUGAAGAUGAUGAGAACAGUGAAAAUAAUUGGCGCAAUGAGUACCCAGAGGAGGAGAGCAGUGAUGGACAUGAAGAUUCCAGAGACUCUGAUGAAUACAACAGCCUCAGUGAAGAGGAAAGAGGCAGCAGCAGGCAACAGGUAUGGAGCAAGUAUGCUUUGGAUGUACAGAAGGAGUUUGGCUACGACAACCCCCACGAUCUGGAUUCAGACUGAUGGUCUUGCAAUGACCAAACGGUUCUUCCACAGGCUGUGAGGGUUCAGACUACAGUGUCAGGUGGCCUGGUGACAUGCUCUUAGGAUUCGUAACUGAACAUGUAGAAGGAAAAAGCAUGUCCAACAGUAUUAUCACAACACAGUGAUAACUCGCUAAGAGAGCGAGUCUUCGAUUCACAAUAGGACUCAUUUGCGUCAAUCAGAAGUGUUCCUACAACUUGAAAGAAAAUGCUGUAAAAAUCCUUUUGCUUCCUGACCCAGGCAUUUUUCCUGGCAUCCCAGUUCUCAUGUGCUGAAGUCCAAAGGGGAAAAAAGUCUCCCGUUUCAUCAACAGUAAGGCUAUUCUUUCUGCUACCACCAGGUAAAGCCUGUCCCCUUUGUUAGAGAUCUAGAAGAGCUAUACUGGGUCACUUUGCAGCAGCGCAGCUUGGAUAGCAACAGCAAUUAGGGGAGGAACUAAUUCUGUCUGAGCCAUGGGAGGUUUUAGUGAACACUCAUCUCUGCCUCCCUGCUUGGGAUUAUGAUAAAGAUUACUGUAAUUCUUUUUGGCAGUGGUGCCAAGGAAUAAUAUGUAUGAAUGUGAUACUCUUUAAUAAAAACUGACGUAAUAUGGAAGCAAGCAAUUCCUUUGAAACCUUUUAAAUCUGAACAUCUAUUGUACUUCCCCUACUACAUACGCACACAAGAUUGAGACAGAAGUUCCAGAACUAACUUGAGACUUAAGGCAAGGGAGGACAAAGAAAGCAUGUCCUGAACUUAGUUUUCUACUGAAAAAUGUUUAGCAUUCACCUCAUGCACUGAAAACAAACUAUAGUCUUCCCUUGGUAUCUGUGGGUGAUUGGUUCCACGACCUACUAUGGACACCAAACUCCACAGAUGCUCAAGUCCCAAAAAUGACAUAGUAUUUGCAUAUAGCAUAUGUACAGCCUUCAUAUACUUUGUCAUCUCCAGAUUAUUUGUGAAACCUAACAUAAAUGCUAGGCAAACAGUUGUUAUACUGCAUUGGAAAAUGACAGUAAGUCUGGUACAUGUUUAGUACAGGCACAAUUUUUUCCCAAAUUUUUUGCUCCAUAGUUGGUUAAAUCCAUGGAUGUAGAACCUCCUGGAUAUGGAGGCUAAUUGUACUAUUACAGGAUCUAUUUUGUUACCAGAACUUAUCUCUUGUAAGCAAACUAUCCCUACUCCUUUCCAAAUCCCAACUACUUUUUUGUGAGGGUGCUGAACUCAAGAGCUUCACACUUGCAAGUUAUUUUGGAGAUGGGGUCUCACCCACUAUUUUUGGCCUCAAACUGUGGUCCUCCCGAUCUCAACCUCCCAAGUAGCUAGGACUAUGGACAUGAGCCACUGCUGCCUGGCUAAAAGACUUAACUCUUAAGUUGGCACUUACUCAUCUAUUAUAGCACUGACCAAAAAUUUUUACAGCAAUGAAUACAUUAUCUGCACUGUGCACAUGUGGCUCUUGCAAUAUGAUUAGUGCAACUGAGUUUAGUUUUACUUUAAUUUAGCUACUAUGGCUAGUAGUAAACAGCACAAGAAACAACACAUAGAACCUUUGAUUAUAUGUCCUCUUGCCCUGUGACAGUUUUGUCUGACUCAUUAUCAUCUGAAAAAGUGAAUUACACAGGGAGAUGCUGCCUUCUCACCUCUU